AUGUCGAUUAGAGAAGGACGUGCGCCCAAUUCUAGUUCGCCGGAGUCCUUGAUGGUGGUGAAUCUCUCCACCUAUCGGAUUGAAGGCGAAUUCGAUGCUGGUGGCUGCGGCACGGUGUUGGUGGGCAGCCAUGCCCGCUCCAAGCAGCCGGUGGUGAUGAAAAUGGCCAGCAAAGAGGUGGACCGGCUCCUGCUCGCCACGGAGCGCCGGAUCUAUGCGCGGCUGCCGAAGGCCCGUGGAUGGCCCAGACUCAUCGACGCCGGUACGUAUCGCAAACGCGACGUGCUGGUUUUGGAGCGCCUGGGGCCAUCCCUGCAGGACUUACUGAACUUGUGCGGAGGACGCUUCGGUCUGAAGACGGUUUCGCAGCUAGCGCUGAACAACUGCUCGACAGGCUGGAAACAUUCCACGAGCUGGGGUACGUUCACCGCGACCUGA